GGUGGACGGAACGCUUCUUUCAACAGCAGCAACAGUUAGUCAGACACCUCGGUAGCUUGAUAGACAAAAUAGACGAACCAAUAAAGCUCUUUAGACGGGUUCGCAUAGCCACUGUGUUUUAAACACAAUUCUGUCGUCUAGUUAGUUAUCCCAUUUAAUUUCAUAUUUACGGUGUUGUUAUUAGUCAGCUAGCGCCUGGUUAAGUUAGCAUUAGCCUAGCUAGCUAACAUCCCCGACCAUGAGUUCACCAAGCUACUCUCCUCCUGCUGAAGAAGAGGAGGUCUGCUGUAUGGAGAAAGAAGCUCUCGUGAAAGAGGAGGAGGAAGAGGAGGUUGUUACAAUACAAAAACAAGUAGAGGGUGAGACUGUUACAGUGAAAGAAGAAGAGAAAGACGUUUCCGUUAAAGAAGAGGAAGACUCGUUCAGAGUGAAAGAGGAGGAGGAUGUUACAGUAAAAGAAGAGGAUGUUGCUGUUUUUGGAGUAAAGGAAGGAGAGAUGAUUGUCACACUGAAAAAGGAGGAAGAAGAGGAGGAAACUGGAUAUCUGGGACCGGUUUCCCAAACGCAUCUUAUUAAGGUGUCCGAUGGUUCUAGCCGUAAAAUGGUUUUGAGAAACCGUUCCUCGAUUUACACUAGAGAGAGACAGAACUACCAUGGAUCCUCUGGGGAGCCCCAACUACAUCACAAAGCUGACGAGGCAGAGAAGAGUCUCUCCACUUCAGAACAUCUCAAAUUCCAGCAGAGACCCACAGGAAUGAAACCUUACCACUGCUCUGUCUGUGGGAAGAGUUACUCAAGAUCAGAUUCACUAAAAGCACACCAGAGAAUUCACACUGGAGAGAAACCUUAUAGCUGUUCUCAAUGUGGGAAGAGUUUUACUACAUCUAGCCGUCUGACUAUACACCAGAGAAUACACACAGGAGAUAAAUCUUUCCACUGCUCAGACUGUGGGAAGAGUUACUCAAGAUCAGAGUCACUAAACACACACCAGAGAAUUCACACUGGAGAGAAACCUUAUAGCUGUGGUCAUUGUGGGAAGGGUUUUACUACAUCUAGCAAGCUGACUAUACACCAGAGAAUACACACAGGAGAUAAAUCUUUCCACUGCGCAGACUGUGGGAAGAGUUUUCUGAUAUCAGGACAUUUAAAAUCACACCAGAGAAUACACACAGGAGAGAAACCGUAUAGCUGUGAUCAAUGUGGGAAGAGGUUUAGUCACUUAAGCAGCCUGAUAGUUCACCGGAGAACACACACAGGAGAGAAACCUUAUAGCUGUGAUCAAUGUGGGAAGAGUUUUACUCAGUCUAGUCAGCUGACUAGGCACCAGAGAACACACACAGGAGAGAAAUAUUUUAGCUGUGAUCAAUGUGGGAAGACUUUUACUGAGCCUGGUAACUUGACUAAGCAUCAGAGAACACACACAGGAGAGAAACCAUAUAGCUGUGAUCAAUGUGGGAAGAGUUUUACUGAGUCUGGUAACUUGACUAAGCACCAGAGAAGACACUCAGGAGAGAAGUCACAUAGUUGUGAUCAAUGUGACAAGAGAUACUAUGAUAAUCGAUCUCUGAUUAAACAUCAGAAAAUACAUGAAGGAGUUGUUUCAUGAUAUCAAUGAAAUGAUGUCACAAUGUAGAAUGUUUUAACAUGGUUGGAUUAUCUUAAUGAUGUCACAAUGUAGAACCCUAAACGUUUAUCUCCUGUUCUAUUGAUUUCAGCAUGAUAUGAAUAUUAGCCUCAUAAGGGGGAAAAUCCAGCCUCUGAAAUGAAAGAGUACUAUUUAUUUGAUUAACAAAAAAAGGAGUUGUUACCACAUUGGCAUCGCACUAUUUGAGUUUUUUUUUUUAUCCUCUUAUGUUUUGUUGUCUAGUAAAUAUUUUGUUCGUCCAUGUCUGAAAUGUGCUAUAUAAAUAAAUCUUGAUAUACAUUUUCAAAUUGCAAAACAAAUUAACCCAAUGACCGACUUCAACGAAUCCAGUGGAUUUUUGUUGAAAAGGAAAAAUGUUGAAAUCAACAAUAUGUCAAAGGCUUCAACUCCUGAAAACUGAAACAAACAGAUCAAUCCCACUUUUCCAGCCUGCUGAAGGCGUGGUGGAGUGGUAAACACCACCCCCGGCUCUACCAGGGGCUUG